AUGAAAACCCAUGGUAUCGAAGCCGUAUAUCCUGGACACGACACACUCUUGUGUCUCGUCGCACGGAAGAGCCCGCAAAGAGUCGAUGUGGCAGAACGACUUCUCGAGCAAGGAGCUUUACUUAAACAGAAGGCGCAUGUCAAGAGACGAGGAGCUGAAGCCUCCUACACUGGUUCUGACAGUCCGCUCGAACAAGCCAUCAAAGGUGGCAACGAGAAGAUCCUUCGCCUGCUUCUGAAUCGUGGUGCGGAUGCCAGGGUUCUUGACAACGAUACUUUGGAAGUAGCUGUAAAACGAGGGCGUCUGGAUAUAGUGCGCAUGUUGGUAGAGAAUGGUACGCGCGUCACACCGCGGCUCCCAUCGAGUGGUCGCAAAGAGCACUGGAGGUGGACAGAAGACAGGCUGAUGGCGCACGCCGUGCUUACGGAGAACGAGGCACUGUGCCGAUACCUGGUUGAACGUGGAGCUAUCGUCAAUGAACAUGCCUUGUGGGCGGCUGCCGAUGCAUCGCUGGUAUCAAUGAUUCGAUUUCUGGUCGACGUUGGGGCCGAGAUCAAUGAGCAGAUGAUCGAACGCGCGAAACGUUACAGUCAUCCAGACGUUGCGACUAUACUGCAAGCGCAUCACAACAGCACCUAA